ACAACAAACAUGGCGGAUAGUUCGAAUGAAUGCAUAAAAAUCAAAAACAAAUCAUAGAGUUUGUAAGAAAGCCUACAUCAAGUACAAAACCAUCUAAAUACAACAGACGGGCGAAGGGUACCAAGGAUGUCGUUAGCAGGGUAACUCAUUGAGCAUUGAACAAUGUCGGAGGCAAAACCCCGUGCUGCUACAAGUCAGGCGCACCUCUGUGCCUCCGCUGCUGCUCCUCCGGACUUCUCUGAACUGUGGAAAAAUGUCUCCAGGCUCACCCGCGGAAAAACGCCAGAGAACAGAAAGGCUCAUACACCGACCGCAAAUGCAUCUCCGCGAUUCACGGAUUUGCAGAGCCCCACACGAAGAGGCAGGUUUCCUGGUGUGAGUAACGCGGAUUCUCCUGGAGAUGUAGAGCCCUCACAGGAUAUCUUCUGGGAUUCAACUUCACCAAAUCAAACUGAAGCAGGCUUCCAGUGCACUAAAGUAGAAAUUUCUGACCUCGUCAACCGCAUUGCUCCAAAGGAUGUGAAGCCACAAAAGUCACCUCUGCUUCAGUGGAUUGGAGACAGUGCUGUGCCAUGUACACCAGAUAUUCCAAAGCAAAAGAACAAGAAGAGAUCGUCUAGACGAAGCAGUGUGGAAGAUCUAAUGAAACUGGCCAGGCAGUUUGAUGAAAACAUGCAGCAGGACAAAGAGACAAAUGAAAAAAUGAACAUAAUCAACAAUAAUAUCAACAAACAUGCAAACUUUGCUCAUUAUAAAGAAAAGGUGCAACUGGCCUUGUCAUGUGACUCAGGGGAGGCAGAGCUGCAUGCCCUGUUUGACAGCUCCACUCAGAAAGUCAGCGGUGCACUCAGCCAGGCCUCCACAUCCUCAGCAGGUUCACAGGAAGUGAGACCACCCCCUGUGAUGUCAUCAUCCCAAAAAGCCCAAAACACAUGUGAUGACUUUGAUGAUGACUGGGAGAAUGAACUACUCAAUGACUCUUUGUUGAUGGCAUUAACUCAGAAUCCUGAGCAGCGUAUUGCCACAACUCAAACUAACAUGCAGUCUAACACUAAAUGCAUUUCUGAGGGGAUAUCCUCUGCCAAUGCAAACCAUGUGCCUAAAGUUUCAAAAGUGCACACUAAGCCAAGAUAUAGUGCACUGCAAGCCUUGUGCCCCAAACCAAAGACGACAAACAGAAGCACUUUUAAAUUAGGACCAGACCCACUUGUUCACCCCCCAAUAGAACCUCCUGAAUCCAGAUUCACUGCUCUAAAGUCCUCACAUCACAGAGAACCAAAGUCCACCACAUCAGCUGAUGAUUUUUCAGACAGUCUGUGGGAUGAUGGCGAUGAUGCUCUGUUGUAUGAAGUGUGUGAUUCUGUGGAGAGAAUCUCAAACAGCCAGACUUAUACAGCGAACCAGUCAGAACAAUGUGGACAGGACAAUGGUGAUAUGUUCAAAAACAGACUGCACAAACCCACAGAUCCACUGCCAAUCAAAGCCACAAACAUAAGUGCCAACAAACAGUCAGGUGCCUUUGUCCGCUGCAACUCUCUACCUGCAACAAGUAGCACUGCUCUGAACUACCAGGGGUGGAACAAUCCCAUGCAGAGUUCUAGUAACACACCACAGAUUUCACAGAGUCUUCCUGGAGACCACAGGUCUGUGGGCUCAUCCAACCAAGUGAAUCAUAAUGUUAGUAGUAGCAAACCACUCCUGAGGUCAAGUCACACUGCCUUCAAGAGAAAUGUGUCAGACUCUGCUGUGGUAUGUAAAAGAGUAUGUGUUACCAGUGAGAUGAGAGGGAAGUGUUCUGCAGCUGAAAUUGAGAAGAAAAAACAAGAGGCCUUAGCACGGAGACGUCAGCGGAUGCAGAACUCUCAACAAACUUGAAGGACAGAUAUUAUAGUAUUCAUAAUGCUGUAUAUGGAAGAUGCAUCAUCACAAAGUUUAUUGUAAGAUCAAUCAGGAAGCAACUGUUAAAUCUAAAUAGUUCCAUGCUGUGCUGCUAAUAUAGAAGCAUAAGUGAUCAAUCAUAAUAUAUUGAAAAUAUAUUGAGUUUGUCUCAGAACACUCUUAAGACAUCUUAGAUUUUUUUUUACAAUAGUUGAAAUCAAUCAAUGAUACCGCUUUGUUUACAUUUACAUUUUAUAACUUUGAAGAACAGUGAAUAGCAAAACUUUAAUGAACCACUAUUGAGCCAGAACAAAGUAUUGUGUUUACCUACAGUUGUGUACUGAAUGUAAGAAGCCUUUGUAAACAAAAAGACUGUCAGACUGCUUAAUCUAAAACAUUGUCUAAAACAUGAGACCAAAUUUUUGUUUUCAGUUUUUGGUUGAUUUUUGUAUUCUAUGUCAGAUCCUUUGUUUACACAUUGUUCAUUUAUUUUUGUUUGUUCACAUCUUGCACAGGUCUCAUUAUAUAGACAUGUUUUAAGGGCAUUCAAGUGUUAUGAGUGUCAUCUUUUUUUUAGCUUUAGUGAUCAUUAACAAUGAUUAUAAACUGAAUGUAAUCAAGCUAUUGUGGUUAAAAAGUAGUUUAUGGUACCUUCCAUUCAUCUUUUGCUAUUUUUGGGCCAUUCUGUAUUCUGUUCUGUAUUAAAAAUGUCAAUAACA